AUGUUAAGAGGCUUCAAUCUGUAUCCUUCCAAGUUCCCGCCCGGCGAUAAGAGAUCCAGGCUUGAUAAGGGCAUUCACGUGACAAGUCGCGACUUCCCCACGAACUUCACAAGAGAAAAGAUUAAAUUCACAAAGAGUGAACCAUCGCGAAGGCUGCCACAACUAUGUCAAGAAAAUCUGAAUCAUAAACUGAAUAACUACACCCGUGGGCCGCCCCGAUCUCAAACUCCUCACUUUGGGAAUUCAACCCGCUGUCGAGUGCAACGAACAUCAUCCGCCAACGACCGUCGAUACGCCGACUUCAAGAUGGUCAACCUUCGCACCCAGAAGCGCCUCGCGGCCUCCGUGGUCGGCUGCGGCAAGCGCAAGAUUUGGCUCGACCCCAAUGAGAUGAGCGAAAUCUCCAACGCCAACUCCCGCCAGACCGUCCGCAAGCUCGUCAAGGAUGGCCUCAUCAUCCGCAAGCCCGUUACCAUGCACUCUCGCUCCCGCGCCCGUGAGCUCGCCGAGGCCCGCCGGAUCGGCCGUCACCGCGGUCUGGGUAAGCGCAAGGGUACCAAGGAGGCCCGUAUGCCCAGCUCCCUCCUCUGGAUGCGCCGCAUGCGUAUCCUCCGUCGUCUCCUCGUCCGCUACCGUGCCGCCGGCAAGAUCGACAAGCACCUCUACCACGAGCUGUACCACCUCGCCAAGGGUAACACCUUCAAGCACAAGCGUGGUCUGAUUGAACACAUCCAAAAGGCCAAGGCUGAGAGACAACGUGAGCGUCUGCUCAAGGAGGAGAUGGAUGCUAAGCGUGCCAAGAACAAGGCUCUCCGUGAGCGACGACAGGAGCGCAUUGAGGCCAAGCGCAACGCUCUUGUUGGCGAGGCUCAGGAGUAA